UGUAUCAAUGCAUUUUUUUCAUGGUACCGCGAAAGUGUAAUGGAUAGGUGCUGUCUGUUAACACUGAUAUUUGAUAUCGGUCUUUUUGGCUUCGCCUGUUCAGCCGGGAACCAAUAUGGAACGGUAUCAGUGGUAGGUCCAGCUUUUGUGAACAGGGAGGUUACACUGAAAAUGAUACCGUUCUUUCCUUGGGGAUGUGAUGUAGAAUGGAGAUGCAUUAGGGAGGGCAGCAGAACAUUCCAAACAAUGACUGGGACAAAAGUUGAAAGAUAUUCGGAAGAUGGGUCAUUCUUUUUUAAAUGGAUAGCUUCAAUUGAAUAUGAGAACGCUGACUUCUACGCAGUAUGUUCAACAAACACGUCGAUAGGAACAAGCAUGGUAUCUUUAAAUAUGAAAGGAAAGCAAUGCCAGGACAAUGACAUUCAAACAUUUUCUUCAAUAUUCCGAUUUCCUGUUAAGAAUCUUCUUAUUGGAACAUGUGUUUUCUGUGGACUCUGUAUCGUGCUUGCAAUUGAAAAAACAGACACCUCGUCGGACAAUGAUGUUGUACACAUAACAACGGAAGGUGUCCAGUUAGCAGUCGUACAGAGGCAGCCUGCCACACAGAGGAUUGGAACACAGCAACCACAUAAUGUAGACAGCCUAACGUACGCCGAGUUGGACAUCAAUUUCCUACAGGAAGCUCACGCCAGAGUUCCGUCGAGGACAAACGAUACGCGGACGGAGUACGCUGACAUUGAGUUUCACUCAACACAGACACCUGCUGUAGAAGGUCCUGUGUACGACAAUGCAUCAGUGUAG